AUGGCUCUUCCGGUGGCCGUCGUCACUGGCGCGAACUCCGGUUUGGGACUCGCGCUGGCAGUGAAGCUGGCGCGGAGUCACCUGGUCUUCGCGGGCAUGCGCAGCCUGGCGAAGAAGGAUGCCUUGCUCGAGGCUGCGGUGAAGGCUGAGGUGUCGAGCAACAUCCGGGCGCUGGAGUUGGAUGUGAACACCGAUGCCUCGGUGGAGUCUGGCCUUGCCCCAGCCCUGAAGGAGGCUGGUCGCGCCGAUGUGCUGGUGAAUAACGCCGGCUACAGCCAGGCGGGCAGCGUUGAGAUGAUGAGCAUGGAUGCAAUGAAGGCUCAGAUGGAAACCAACCUCUUUGGGGUUAUCCGAUGUCAGAAGGCCGUGCUUCCAUACAUGCGACAGCAGAAGUCGGGCAAGAUCAUCAACAUCUCUUCGGUGGGCGGCAUUUGGGGUCAGCCUUUCAACGACAUCUACUGCGCAUCAAAGUUUGCUCUUGAAGGCUUGACAGAGAGUCAGGCCGCAUUGUUUCGCACAUUCGGUGUUCACGUCUCAUGCGUGGAGCCCGGGGCGAUUAAGUCUGCCUUCUUUGCCAAUGCACAAGUGCCUGACACCAGUUCUAUGCCAUCCGAAUACCAAAAGCCACUCGAGUCAACCAUGGGAGCAUAUCGCACCUCGUCCAGUGUUGGACAGACUCCCGAUGAGGUAGCAGAUGUAGUCAUCGAGCAGAUCGUCAACUCGGCCAACCCGCCGGUCCGCGUCCAGACGAACCCCAGCAUCCAGAAGGUCUUCGAGCAGCAGCUGGGGCAAAACAUGUCUGGAGAAGUCGCCGCCGAAAUGUCGACGAUCUAUGGCGUCUCUGUGGCGCUUCGGAGGGCCUUUGUCAUCUGCCUUGCCACGGUGCUGCUGAGACCCAGUACCGCGCAGACCGACGUGGUGACCCCCUGGGUGGAUGUCUGCACCUCGGAAGACUUCUCGGCAGAGGACCGCGAGCAGCUGUGCCCUGCGACCUUUGUGGUAUCGACGCUGGCCUACAACCCGCUUUAUCCCGGGACCCUUGCCAACAUCACCAUCAUACUGCAACCGUCCAGAGACUUGCCCAGCAGCAUCCAGCAGACGCAGUACAUAGACUUCAACCUCGUUGGGUUCGAGGCAGUUGGCACGCCCAACGCCGCGAAUGCGCUCCUUCGCGACCUGAUUAUCACUGCCGGCAACACGGUACCUUUAGGUGUAGACCCCCUGUUUGGCUACAACACGGAACAGAACCCACUCUUUACCACGCCGGCACUGUAUAAUCUCCAGAGUGGGCUUCUGAGACUCACAGUCCGGACUGGGCAGUCUUUGCUGGCCAACAGGGACACGGAAGUCACGAUCUGCUGCAUGGUCCUCCCCAAGUCCUCUCCGCAGGAUUUCACCGGCUACACAAUCACUGGGCCAACGUCGUUGGAUACGUUGACUUCGGUCCUUGAGGAGCCGAUACUGAACUCGCCUGAGAUCGACCCUGGUCUUCAGUGGCAGUUCCUGCGGGUUGCUUUCGCUCCGCCAGUGUCGUCAUCGCUAACCAUCAUCCACCUCACCAUUCGGCCUGCCAACGCGCUGUCUGAUCGCGCCCGGAUCAUCCUCUCCAUGCCCAGUGUGCAGCGGGAAAACAACGUGAGCGGCGAAGUCAACUUCAAUACCGCCAAUAGUAUCGAUGGAGCAGACUGGAUGUUUUUCGAGAGCAGGGCGCUCUGGGAUGCCAUGGCGGGAACGAUGACCUUCUUCCUCAGAGAGGGCAAGGUUCUUGAUGGCGGCCGGCAAGUCACUUUGUCAACAGAGCCUGACGAGUUUCGACUUCCCAUUGAGCUGGAAGCCGACAGUCCGACUCUGACGGUCUCGGCCAGAUCCUUCGACAACAUCGACGAGGUGGUGCGACAGACCCCUGUCACCCAAUCAAGUGCAGUGCCGCACGUGCGCAACUUUACCUUCACUCGGCUGAUGUACACCAACAACAUGCCCAACACGAUGAGCAACGUCAUGUUCUACUUCUCCAGCAACAGGCCCCUCUUUGCUGGGUCCAUCAUCUACCUGCGCUUGUCUGGCUUCACCUCGCAGCGAGUGCAGGUGCCCCUGAAGGGCACCACGAAGGCAAACUUCAGGGAGGAGAGCGCCGUUUUCAACAUUCCGGAGAACACCAUCGAGCUCCAUGUGGUUAGGACCCUCUACUCAGACGAGUAUUUGGUGGAGGUCGAGCUCACGGAGCUGAUCCUUCCACCGGCACUCUACGCAAACGACACCUCGCUGCUGGUGUCGAAUUCUGAUCCCGGGGCUCCCCAGCAACCGGUGGACGACUCACCAAUGGUCGGCAUGGGGGAUAAGACCUUCAAGCGAUCGCAGCUGGGCUUUGACCCGGCGCAGCCUAGGCUAGCUGCAAACGUCAGCUUCACCCUGGAGCCGACCAUUGUCUUCUACCAAACGGACAGCAUUGUCAUCCAUAUGUACGGCUUCGCGUGUACGUUGACCUCGAUACCACUUCUGGGUCCGGAUGCUUUUCGAAUUCAGAACCAAGCGGCCUCUUGGACCCAGGAGGACAGCAUGUUGGUUUUCACGGUGGCCGAGAACGAGAUCAUUAGCAACGCCCAGCCCUUCCGAGUGUCCAUCGGCAGAGACAGCGUCUUCCGCCUGCCAGACAAGCUCAGUGAGAAUGAUGGCAUCCUGCGCAUCGAGGGCAAGGGCGCGCUGAUCGAUCUCGAGCCCAUCAAAAAGAUUCCCAAAGUGGGAGACGACAAGUACGUGAUCGAGUCCAUUGUGGAGUUCGAGCCGGAAGACAUGUCAGUCAACGCCUUCACGAGAAUUAGCUUCUCCCUGGUCUUGAACACGGACGUCCUUCCGAACUCGACGAUGUACAUCAAGCUUGGCGGGCUGGUACGGGAUCCUGGAAGAACCAACUUGAUCGGUGUGCAGGGAGCUGCACGCUCGGGCACCGUGAAGAUCUCGGGGGCCAACGGGCCGCUUUUUCGCGGCGAGGUCGGGUAUUGGGACCAGGACCAGGUACUGCUGACGGUGCAGAUGGUGUCCACAGUGCAGAUCUAUGCGGGCGAGCGCGUGCGCUUCUUCAUCGAGCGCGAUCAGGACUUCAAGCUGCCAUACUCAGCGUAUCAAAGCGAUCCCUCUUUCCGGCUGGCGGUGCCAGAGGCUGGCAUUCCCGAGCGGCCCUUCCAGUUCUCCACUCGCGUGAGCCAAGAAGGAAAGCUCUUCAUCGUGUCGGAGAUCUACUACGGAUCCCGCGGAGCUGUCGCCUACCCGAACACCGUGGUGGAGUUUAACUUCUGGUUCCGGCCAAACGUUAACCUUCCGGCCGGGACGACCGUCCGCCUCAAGCUGGCAUCCCAAGUUCAUAGGGACGUCACUCUGCCGCAUGAGAAAGUGAGCCGCGUCGAGGUUACCUGGCUUCACCUGCCCCUUCACGGACGCGGGGACCCGAGCGGGUGA